CAAGCAUCCGUCAUUGUCCCAAUUGCUGUCCAGUGUUCAUGUCGACUUCAACUCCAGCAAAACACCACAACAGGCAGCAUCUUAUCCAUCGAGUAUUCUUCUGGCCACGACACAAUAACCAUUUGAUACGAUGGAUGCCUGAUCCAACAACACGAAUCACCAAUAAUACCCUACGCGACCAUCGUCAACCAUGUCUGUCGAGAUCUGGCCACCUAUUGCGCCAGAGCACCUUAAAACCGCCGUCGAAACAUGCCAAGAACGCGAACUCGACUGGCUCGUCCAAGAACUCCGCGAAACCCUCACCAACCUCAAACAUGGCCUCGAAGACUGCUAUGCGCUGCUUGCGCCGAUAGACCCGGGCAGCACCUUGGUACUCAGCACACCACGAAACGAGAUUGUCAAGGGGCACAUCACCCGGGUCGGCACACGGAUAGUCAAGGGGACCAUCCACCUCCGCCUACGCACCCUCCCCCAACAAACCCUCACCAUAAACCCCGACCACCCAAUCCACCUCGCGCCACUAGUCACUUUACACACCCUCCUCACGCACUCCCUCGACCUUCUAACCAUGACGCUCUCCUUCACAUACCCGACCGAGUCCUCUGACCCUUCUCUCGCAUCCGAUUCCGCGUCCUCCAAAUCACGAUCCUCAUCUCCGCAACUCUCGUCCGCCGCCUUCCUCUCCUCCCAACUCCGUCUCCUCUCGCAAUCGAUUUCCGAAUCAUGCGCCAUCCUGAAAGGUCCUCCGCUAGUAACAGCCGCCGAUCCCUCCUGGACUACGAGGUCGAUUGCUCCUUCGCAUUUCGAUCCUCCGCUUACCGCGGCCGCGUCGAAUAAUAAUCCUGGAGCGACACCGAUACCGCCUGUAAGUUUCCAUUUGAGUAUCCAAGAGAGCAGCAUAGUCCUUUGGCUGCGCAGUCUCGAAGCCGCCGGCGCCCCUGUCGGUUUCGGGACCAAGCUCGCGUUUGCGAUUGGUACCGCGCGGAGGCUGGAGCAUGAUGAGGCGGAUAGGAUGUUUGGGUUUUGUUGCGCUGGGGAGGAACACAUCGGGCCGAUGGGGAGUCCGGGGGGUGUGAUGCCGUCGAGCAGCAGUGGGAGGUCUACCCAGACGGCGGGGACGGGGACGAAGCCGCAACAGCAGCCACAAGUGGACGUCUUUGUGAGGGAAAAAGUCCGAGUGGAAAGUGCUGAUCCUAGUCUGUUGUCACUGGCGGCGAAACUGACGGCUUUGGGACACACGCUGGGCUUGGCACGGAGGAACUUGGCAGCGGUCAUGGGAGAGGAGCUGGAGGAUUAGAGGGCCAGACGGCUACUGUCCUUGAAGGGGAGUAGUGAGACUUAUUUCGGGUCGGACGGGACACGGGAGGCUGACAGUGUAUAUGGAAGUCGUUGGUGUUGUUGUUCGCAUUGGCUGGAGUUGGAUAGGACGUUUUAUACCAAGGGAUUCAUGUGUUGUUUUCGGCAUUGUUGUCCGUAGUCACAGUCUAUGGAGGUUUAGCAGGCGCUUCGGUUAUCAGUAGCAUGGUGGUAAUGUUUCUUGAGAAUGAGU